UGUCCAGCCGUGGAGGUCAUCGGAAGUCGGAUUCCCGGAAGUGUCGACCCUUGGAACUUCCUUUCUGCAGUUGAACCGUCGAACUGAACUCGCGCGGAUGCACAAAGCCGGCGAGUCGUUCCUGCCCAAGUUUUCCCGUUCCCUCCAUAUCCGCGUUCCGGAAGCGACAGGAAAGUGCCGAUCGAGAGCUCCUGUCCAAGUUCCCCACCCCGCUGCCCCAUCGCAGCUCGACCAUUUCCGAGCGACUGUCCAGCCGUGGAAGUCAUCGGGAGUCGGAUAUCCGGAAGGAACUUCGUCCAAGCAGUUCACCCGACGAAUUGCUCUCGCGCGGAUGAACAAAGCCGGCGAGUAGUCCCAGUUCAAGCGUUCCCGAUCCAACCCGUUCCGAGCCGAGCUCGCGAGCAAAUGCGUUUGCGCGCGUGUGUGUGUCACCGAUCAAAAAAGUGACGCAACGAGAAGUGUCGUUGGCCAUCCGAGGGGACGAACUUUUCCAGACGAAGCGCUGCGACCCAGCAGCACAAACCAAAUCCUCGACGUGGGCUUCCCGGCUAGCGGGAAGCGGCCAUGGAUCAAACAAUGAAGAAGAAGUUGACAUAUGCGUUACAGCAGCGACACCUGGCGGAACAGAAGGUGGUGUUUGUAGAGGAUCUUCUUCUGGGUUUGUACCAACCCACGCUACCACAGCUGACAACCCUGUACGACUUCUUGUGUGCAGCGUUCCGAGAGCACAGCCAGCACCACCUUACGAUCCUCGGACUCAUCCCAGAAGAGGACCUCGCUCAGCAGGAGGCUGAAUUCGAGAGGAACGAUGCAAGUUUCUACAAUGUUGCCACUGCGGUGGCAGAAAUGCAGAUCGAAGCAGAGAGAAAGGAGCCAACACCAACCCUAAUCGCGCAACGCCAGCAGCACUUGCAAGCAAAAGUAUGGCUGAAAAAGAUGCAUAAGGCCUGGGAGGCCAACCAAGUGGACGUUCCAAAGCCUGCACCGAGCCACAAACUCCUCCAGAACCAACAGACUGCUCCCACGAGGCCGAUCGUCAUCGAUUCUGCCAGCGGACUUGGCGGCGAAUCCCUGACAAUCCAGAGCUCGGACCAGCCGAGUGCAGCCGAUUCCCGAUCAGCGAGGGAAACCAAUGCGAACGCCAGGUCCGACUUGCUCGAGGCAACCAGUUGCGAGUCUAAGUUCGUCACCCCCGAAUCGGAGUCAGGCCGAGUGCAGCCAGCAAUGGUCCCGUCCAUCCAAGUUUUUCGUCACGACAGUGACUUGUCCAAUUUAGAAGCUGAAACCAUCGUGCAUAUAGAGCCGCUGCAACAGGAAGUGGUGCGAUGUUCCGACGACGAAGCCGACCAGCGCCGUGUCCGCAGCGAUAGCGGCCUCCAAUGUGGGGUCCAAAUCCACAAGCACAGCCAACUCCAGAUUUGCCGCCUCCGGAUCGGAUCCAUCCCGAACUUUGCGACGCUGAUGACCGUCCCGGAGGACCAAACGCUGCUGCAGACCGCGGCAAGGGCACCAGACAAGUGUGAAGUUCCCCUUUCAAGCCGCGUAACUCCGGACAAGAUCGCAGUCCACAAACCAACAAGGAAUCCGCCAAAACUAGCGCCCCUCGAUCAGUGCAAGACCGUAUUACCACCUCCCAAACCCCUUCAGGAGCAGCAGACGGCAACUGCGGAGCCGGUCGCCAUCGAAUCCACCUACAAGCUUGGCAGCGAUUCCCGGCCAAGCCAGAACUCGGACCAACCGAAUUCAGUCGCCUCCCGACUAGGUGAGAAAGUCACCACGAACUCGAGUGCGGACACCAAGUCCGACUUCCCCGAUGAGAGUAGCAGUGAGCCGACGUAUCCAACCGGACACUUAAAGGACGUCACCACCGAAACUGAACCCGACAACGUGCUGCCAGCAGUGUUCCCGUUCAACCAAGUUCCCCCACACAACAGUGAACUCAAACCAGAAGCGACCGUGAAGACUGAGCCACUACAACCUAAAGUGAUUCAAAAUUCCGUUCACCACGGCGAGCCAGAACAACGCCGUGUCCACAGCGACAGCGGUCUACAGAAGAUGGACGUACCAGAAUCCGAGCAAAAGCCGAACUGCUUCCAUCAGAACGGCAGUUACAACAUGGACUUUGCGAUGGUGAUGACCGUCCCAGUGUACAAACCGCUGCCGCAGCCAGCGGCCAAGGCACCAGACAAGCGUAGACUUCCCUUACCAAGCCGCGUACAUCUGGACAAAAGUGUAGUCCACGUCGAAGAGGAGCGUCCUCCCGAUGACUUGGGUCUCGCCGAAGAACCCGAGUUGAAAUGUAGCCGAUCAACCCAAUCCCGAUCCCACUCCGAGCCUGCAUCGUCAGAAGUGCACGUGGUCAACCAGUCGAGAAAACGCCACAAGUCAGUAAGUAAUCAGUCCAACCUAACCUCGUACAAGAUCGCCAACGUAGACACGGGCCGUCGUGUGCCCAGCAUUCAGAUCACAAACUGCCAGAGGUGGUUCACCAUCUGGUUUCUGAUCGCUCAAGUGCAGAGUCAACCAGUCGCGUUGAAGCUCGUGAUCUACCCCCAAGGUAGCUUUCAUGAACCGCCCAGCCAAGAUGAACCGUUCCAAGUACGAGAUCAACUCAGACGUUUCCAGCGAACGGUCGAUCGCCGGCGCAAGAGCUGGCAUUCGACAAUCCCACCGGACAAGUUGUCACGCGAUCCCGAGUCAGCUCAACCCAGCAAGCGCAGGAGCAACCUCCGAGAGUUUCACGCCGUUUUACCGGCCAUCGAAGACGUCGGCGAGCGACGAGAACCGGCGGACCAGUCCACAGCCAUCCACCGGAAGCGUUGUGUGGGCCGAACCAAAUAGUUGAGGGACCUCAACGGGGGGAGUAUGUUCGGUACGAACGAAGCCAGAAACCCCACCGUGACGACCAUCUGCGUUGCCGACGAC